AUGAAUCCCGGUUCCACCAGUCCUGCCACGAAGGGCAAUGUCUCCCCGGGCAUCCAAGCCGUGGCGGCUAACUUCGCGGAGAAGAUGCGCGAAAACGCACCCAGCCCGUACACAACCAAUCCGAUGCCGAAGCCAUCGUCGCCCGAGAAGUCCUUGAUCAAGGGCCAAUUCCACAAGCGAAUGCAGUCGUUCCAGAACAAUGACCCUCGGUCCGAGUUUUUGAAUUAUCUCGAAAGCAGAUCCCCAGAAAGGCCGCUGAAAGCGUCGACACUAGAUCCAAAUGCCAAGCCACAGGAAAAGAGCCCGACGAAGUCUAGCGAGGAUCAGGAGAACCAAGACUCGGAUCGCGAUCUCCCCAAUCUCCUCAUCUCGAACCACUACCUCUCGAAGCCUAUUCUCGGCGAAAGCACUCCUCCUUCGGCGACUAUGCUGGCCUUGCAGAAUAUGCAGUUGCCGAGUGAAAGAGACGUGCACCCGCCUGUCAAGAGCGAUGACUCCGACCCGUUUGUGGUGGCCAGUGACUCCAACCCCUCUAGUCUCAACUCUCUAUCGACCCAGAUUCUUAGUCUCACGGAUAUCGCGAGUAAUCUGCAACGGGAGAUGGCGCAGCUGAGCCGUCGAAGCAAAGAUAACGCCACAGACCUGGUCAGCCUCAAAGCCGCAACGAACGCCCGAGACGAAGACAUUCGAAAGAGUCUUCGCGAUCUAUCCUCCAGCUUGUCUGAAAAGUUUCUAGAUAGUGAUGCUGCCAUAAGGUGGGAUUUCAGCACUCUCCUGGGAUCUGAUAAAGAUAUUAACAACAGGGACCCGGAUAGUUCUCCGAACUCGAAGAAAAGUUUCUCAGCCCCCCGCAUGCAAAGCCCUAACCCUUUCGCUACAGCAAUGGAGCGUGAGAUGUGUGGCUCCCCGGCACCGAUUUCUGACGGCUCUGCCAGCAUUGCUCUACUGGAGAAAGUCCUACGAGAAAUGGCCACGAAAGAAGGUCAGGAUAAGCUCGUGGAGCUGGCGGAGGAACUGAAAGCCAGACCCCCAUCCGAGGAAUCUGGGGCUGAGGCGUCUGGUGGUCAUGUUGACAGCCAUGUCAUGGAGAUGCUCGAAGAAAUCCUUAACGUUGUGAAAGAGGAUGCGGGACAUAAGGCACUGGUACCAACCCGACUCAAUUUCGAUGACAGUCAGAUGCCGCCACGCUCGCACUCUGACUUCACCGGCACCCAGUCGAGAUCUUUCGAUGCGGAGCAGGGCUUUGUACCCGACAUGGACAACAUGGAAGGAUCCAAUUUUAGAGGUCGUUCUUUGAUACCCACCGAAAACCAGGAAGACAUGCUGGCUAUCAUGAAAAGAGUGAGAAGCAGCGUCAUUGAGGGAGGAGGUCUCACCAAUGAAGUGAAAGCCCUGGUGCGAGAACUCCGCGGAGAGGUUCUGGGAAUGGGCAGAAAUCUCGCCCGCCAAUUUGAAGAGGCCCAAGGGCCCCGAGCUCUGGAAGGCGGGCCGAACAGCCCUCCUGGACAGGAGGAAAUCGCCGCGAUAGUUGACGAUUGCCUUAACGACCUAAAGGAGCAGCUCGCAUCUAUACUCGCCGAGAACCAGCGUCACUCCUCUGCUCUAUCAGAAUUCCGCGCUGCGAUGGACAGUUCGGCAAUCUACUCGAUUAUCAAAGGCGCGGUCGAGGACCUCGAUUGGUCACAGCUGCGGAAUGCGCCCCAAGGAAACGACAUGCAGAAGGACGACAUUCUCGAGACGAUCCGAGAGUGUUGGGAAACUUACAAGCCCGAGAUCGAAUUACAAAAUUUCGGACUGGAGCGUGACGAAAUCCUGGAAUGCCUUGCAGAAGGCCUGAAGGAAUAUCAGCCGAAGGACGAGCACGCAGUCACGUACGACCAAGUUCUGGCAGCCGUACAAGCGGGAAUGCAGGACUUUACACCCCCUCCCAGUAUCACGAAGGAUGAAAUCGCACAAACGAUUCGGGAAUGCUUCGAAAACGGCCAGCCCGCUCCUCGGUCUGUCGAGCCUGAGCAUCUGCAUGCUAUUCGGGAUGAGAUACUGCACGCAGUGACCGAAUCGAUAACACCCAGCAUCACCCAGGACGAAAUCGCGCAAACGAUUCGCGAAUGCUUCGAAAGCAACCAGCCCGCACCCCGCUCUGUCGAACCUGAGCAUCUGCAAACUUUUCGGGAUGAAAUACUGCAGGCAGUCACCGAAUCAGUUACCACACAAAGUACGCUCACCAGGGAAACGCUCGACUCCGGCCUAGGCAGGGAUGAGAUCCUCAGCGCGGUGUCCGAUGGAAUUGAAGCACACUUUACGGCGGCAAAAGAAAUGGAGACUCCUCACAUCACAAAGGAAGAUGUAAGCAAUGUGGUCAACGACGCAUUUGCCGCCCAACAAUCUGCAGUCAGCACCAACGCCCAGGAUUCUAUCUCGCGCGAAGAUAUCCUGAAUGCCAUUGCAGAAGGCAUGGAGAACCAGAACUCUAUGAUCAGAGAAAUCGAGCUGAACAAGGACGAUCUCAUGGAAGCCAUCUCGGCUGGACUUCAAGAAGCACAUGCCUCUACCAGUAAUACUCUCGGCGACGAAAUGCUCGGACGCCUUCAGGAGCAGCUGGAGGCAAUGAAAGAAGAGACACAGCAACGUUCGAUGUCUAAUGAGCAGGACAAUUCCCAGGUUCUGGACGCAAUCAAAGAUGGAAUCGCUGUCGUGCGUCAGGAAGUUGAGUCUUAUGCCGCUGCCGCUUCAGAAGCGGCGGGGAAACAUGAGAUCAUGGAUACGGUGAAAGAAGGCUUUCGAUUACUGCAGGCCGACAUGGAGAAGACCAUUACAGAAACCGCUCUCUCCCAUAGCUCUGGUGGCAACCCUGACACCCCGGAGCUUCUUGAUGCGUUGGAAAAGGAAUUCGAACAUCUGCGAACCAGUCUUAGCAAUAUGCUUAUCCGAAGCAACGUAUCCGCCGAGAAAGACGAAAUCCUUGACGCCAUCCGCGAUAUUUCUGAAAGCCAGAAGACUGAGAGCACCGAGAAAAGUGACAGCACCGAAGAUAUUGCCGGACUUAUCAAGCAGGAAUUCGAAAGUCUCCGUCAAUCGAUGAACAUGAGUCUUGUCCCUGCAGAGGAGCCGAAAUCCGACAAGGACGAUAUCAUUGCCGCGCUUCGUCAAAGCCUUGAAACUUUACACACUGAAAGAGAGGCCCCUAAAGAAGGCGGCGAAAACGUCUUUUCCACAAACGAGCUUGUUGACAUUUUCCAAGAUGGAGUCGGUAACAUUCGGGAAGACUUGGCCAAACUCAUCGAAAGACCAGCUGCCUCGGACCAUUUAGAGCUCCUCGAAACCUUAAAAGAAGGCCUCAGCAGUUUGAAGGCAGACGUCGAAACUCUGCGCGAGUCACCGAAGGGUUCCGAAGAGAACGAGACAACAAGGGGAGGGGAGCUGAUGCUUGCCAACGAACCGAACACAAGCGCCGACAUUGAGGGGCUUAAGGAACUGAUUUCCCAGCUUCAAGUCAAAGUCGAGGCUAUCGAGUCAACCCCGCGGGCGGCUGAGCCAUCUGCAGAUGCUCUGAAGAAGGAGCACCUCGAUGAUGUUCUGGCAGGCCUCCACGAGCUUCAAGGUUCCAUCUCAGGAAUUGUAGCUCGCGACAGCCCUGCAGACGAGACGACAGCCAAGAAGGAGGACACGGAUGCUAUUGAGACCUUGCUCCGCAACACAAAGUCUCAACUUGACGAAAUGACGUUCCCUGCCCCGGAUGAAAUAGCACGGGCCGAGCAGCUCGGAAGCUUGGAGGCCAUGGUCAGGGAAACCAAGGAGGCUAUCUCUGAGAUGGGUACUCGGUUGGAAGCCGAAGGCCCAACAAAGGCUGAGAUCGGAACCCUCGAGACCCUGAUGAAGGAUAUGUGGAUUGCCCUCGACGAAUUGAAGGGUAAGGGGACUGAGGAGGAAACCGACAGUGAAAAGUUGGUCAAGGCCGACCUGCAGACGGUCGAAGCGAUGAUCUUUGAAGUCAAGACACAGGUGGACGAGCUUAAGCUUCCUGAUGUCGAGACUCUACCGACUAAGACCGAUUUCCAAGACCUCUCUGCCCUUGUUGCUGAAUUCAGGGAAAAGACGGAAGCCGAGAACGAAAUGACGGCCCAAGGCUUUGAAGCACGGAAGGUGGAGCACGCUGGUCUGGCUGAGAAGGUUGACGAGGCUCGGGCGGUCGUUGAGGGUCUGGGAGACGAAUUGAAGACCAAGCUCGAUGGCAGCAACGAAGGUCUUUCGGAGCUGAAACAACUCCUGGAGGGGCUGGCAGCCUCUGCAGAAAGCUUCACGACGGUUGAAAAUGUCAACGAACUCACGGAACUAAUCAAUCGGGAGUUCGAGCGCGCGCGCGGCGAACAGGACGCGGAAAAGCUGGAGAAGGAAGAACGCGACGCUGCAGCUGUGGUGAAACACGACGAGACUAGGGCUGCUAUCAUUGUCGAACUGGGUACCAAGAUCGAUGAGAAGCUUGGCGAAGUUAUCGGCAAGUACGACGAAGCUCAAAGUGCCAUGGACACGAAGUUCUCGGACUCUGCUCAACGCGACGAAGCCAGCCUCGAAGUGGCCACUAGCACCAAAGCGCUGGCAGAAGAUAUCAAGCUCGUCAUCGGCUCGAUGGGCAACACUGUCAACGAGGCCUGCGAGCGCAUGAGUGUCGAUACCAAAACCUUCUUCGAGAAAGUCGAUACGUCGUACAGCAAGAUGGAGGAAAUGCAAAAUGAGGUCAAGUCACGGCAGGAGCAAGCUCGGUCCGACAUUGAGAGAGCCGCUGCCGCGACUGACCGUGUAGAAAGCAAGUUGCAUGAGUUCCACCCCCAGGUCUUGGAGUCCAUUCAAGAGAUUCUUUCCAUUGUUGGUCAGCAUUACGACCACUCUCAGAAGUCUGCUGAAGACCUCAAAAUGGACCUCUCCACUCUGCCUUCCACGAUCCCGCAGCUCCUUCCCGCGCUACCGCCGCCUGAACCGGAAAAAUACGACGACAGCCAAGUACAUGAGAAGUUGAACAGCAUCCUCAACCAUGCCAAGAAUGAGAAGGUGCACGAAGCGCUCAACGUUCUCGUCGAGCGUGUCACAAAUGAUCAAGUGCAUGAGAAACUCGACCAGCUCCUAAGCCAGACUACAAGUACCAAUAGCGAGAUGUACGACAAACUCAAUGAGCUGCUCAGUCACACUACGGGCACCAAUGGGCCCGUACAUGACAAACUCGAUACCCUCAUCGGACACGCUACCAACACUGAGCAGUCGGUCACGCAGAUGAUGAAAUUGGACGAAAUGCACAAAGACAUCAUGGAGACAUCUCGCAAGAUGAACGAGAUGUUCACGGCCCAGUCGGCGAUGGUCGCUGAAGACACCGAACGGAGACGCAAGGAGGCCGAGGAAGCUGCGGUUGCGCUUGAACGGCGGAACGCCCAGCGAGACCAAGUCGAAGCUGAGAUCGUUACUCUCAAUGAAGAGAAGGAGUCGCUAUUGAAGAUGAUCAGCAACCUGAAAUCCGAAAAGGAGGACCUUGUCAAGCAGAACACCAAGCUGAACAAGGAGGUUUCUGGUCUGGAGAUGGCACUUGAGCUUCGUCAAGAAGAAAUGCAGGUCAUGGAAGACCGUGCAGACAGUUUGGAGAAGCGCAUUCUGGAAGGUGUUCUCGAUCAUGCCCGCAGUGUGCUGCUCAGCCGCCCCAACAACAUCCCGGGCUUGAACAUGAAGAAGGCUCGCGGUUCUCGGGCGCGAGGACCUAGUGCCGCUAGCAAUGCCAGCACCGCCAAAGACAACCGCAGUAUUCUCGGCAGCAGCGUUGGGUUAGCCCUGAAGAAACGAGGGCAAACUCCUUCACAGGGUAGCUCUGUGGCCCCGUCUAACGCCAGCAAAGAAAGGCGGAUUCUGAGUCUGAGUCACGUAACGGGUAACCGGGGUGUUUCAGACCGUCAAGCCAGCGGCAACAGCGGCUUUGCUAGCCUUAAGCGAAGCCACUCUGUCAAGUCCAACUUCUCACAGCGCAAAGCGUCAUGGGGCGGCCGGAGCUCGGUAGCAAACAAGGAGAACGAAGUUUUCCCGGAGGAGGAAGAAAACCAGAGCGGUGAUGAAAGCGACACAGGUACGGAGCGAAGGACCAGCUACACCGGAACCUACACGGACAGCAUGGUGUAUGGAACCGGCAGCGUUGUCUCCACUGAUCGACGAGUGAGUACCGCUAGCUCUACCCCCGGGGGAGCUGGAGCGGAACGGCAUAAGGAAAAAGAUGAGAACGAGGAGCCGGGUGCAGAAGAGGAGGAGGAGGAGGAGGAGGAGGAGGAGGAUGACGAUGCUCAGACGACCAAGGGAGACGAGCCCUCGCAUGACCGCGAUGUGGAAGACUUGGACGCUGAGGCAUCCAAGAUGGUACUCUACGGCCAGCACAGCGACAGCGGACUCGGCCCAGAGAUCACGAGUGCCGUGGGAUAA